CCUGACAUCACCUGCCCAAUACGGUAGCCAUCACCUGCAUUUUACAUGCUCCAAAACCAUGGCAAAGAGAUGUUUAGCAGCAGGGGACCCUUCCUGGGAGCAUUUUCGCUAUGUUUUGAUCCCACCAUUUUCAGAACAAAGACAACAAGCAGAUGUGCAGAGCAUGGCCCUGGGGCAGAGGCUGCUGCGGCUCUCACUCCUCUCUGUCACCCUCUCCCACCAGGAGUCAGAGGGCAUUUCCUGCCACUACUGGUCGCUGUUUGAUGGUCAUGCGGGGUCCGGAGCCGCCGUGGUGGCAUCCCGUCUGCUGCAGCAUCAUGUCAUGGAGCAGCUUCAGGACAUCGUGGAGAUCCUGAAGAACUCUGCUGUGCUGCCCCCGACCUGCCUGGGGGAGGAGCCCGAGAACACCCCCUCCAACAGCCGGACUCUGACACGCGCAGCCUCCCUGCGCGGAGGGGUGGGGGCCCCAGGCUCCCCCAGCACCCCACCCACGCGCUUCUUCACUGAGAAGAAGAUUCCACACGAGUGCCUGGUCAUCGGGGCUCUGGAGAGUGCGUUCAAGGAGAUGGACCUACAAAUAGAACGAGAGAGGAGUUCAUAUAAUAUAUCUGGUGGCUGCACAGCCCUCAUUGUGAUUUGCCUUUUGGGGAAGCUGUAUGUGGCAAAUGCUGGAGACAGCAGGGCCAUAAUCAUCAGAAAUGGAGAAAUCAUCCCCAUGUCUUCAGAAUUCACCCCUGAGACUGAGCGCCAGCGACUCCAGUACCUGGCAUUCAUGCAGCCUCACUUGCUGGGAAAUGAGUUCACACAUUUGGAGUUUCCAAGGAGAGUACAGAGAAAGGAACUUGGAAAGAAGAUGCUCUACAGGGACUUUAAUAUGACAGGCUGGGCUUACAAAACCAUUGAAGAUGAUGACUUGAAAUUUCCCCUUAUAUAUGGAGAAGGCAAGAAGGCCCGGGUAAUGGCAACUAUUGGCGUGACCAGGGGACUUGGGGACCAUGACCUGAAGGUGCAUGACUCCAACAUCUACAUAAAGCCAUUGUCUUCAGCUCCAGAGGUAAGAAUCUAUGAUCUCUCUAAAUAUGACCAUGGAGCAGAUGAUGUGCUGAUCUUGGCCACUGAUGGACUCUGGGAUGUUUUAUCAAAUGAAGAAGUAGCAGAAGCAAUCACUCAGUUUCUUCCUAACUGUGAUCCAGAUGACCCUCACAGGUACACAUUGGCAGCUCAGGACCUGGUGAUGCGUGCCCGUGGUGUCCUGAAGGACAGAGGAUGGCGGAUAUCAAAUGACCGACUAGGCUCAGGAGAUGACAUUUCUGUAUAUGUCAUUCCUUUAAUACACGGAAACAAACUGUCAUGAAAGUGACCCAGGAGAUUGGGAGGAUAGUGGGGAAGAAAACUGGGAUGCCUCUGGCCAGGGCGGAACUGGGAAGUUGCCUGGGCUGGGUUCCAGGUGAUGCAGUCUCUUCCCAGCCCAGGUGGGAAGUUUGCUGCCAAAAGGCCUCUGGCUGUGCUUCAAGAUGACCCAUAGGCUUCCAUUUCUUCUUUAGUAAGAGAUCUGGACACUCAACAAGAGCAAAACACAAAGCCUGCCACAGAGUGUUGUAUUUUUGUUGGUUUCUUUUAGAGAUCUCCUAGGUGGCUAUUGCCUAAUUUGGGCAGAAAUAUCAUAUUUAUUUUAUCUAGAGUAGCUGGGGCAGCCAUUUUCAGGUAUAACUGGCAGAUGAUUCCUCAGCCUGUCAGGCUGCCAAUUUCUCUCCAGGUUAAAAGUGCUGCAUUUGAAAGUUGGGGUCAUGCCUCAGAAAGUAUAAGCACCCAUCUUCUAGUAAGCACGAGGUUUAUUUCAGGGGCUCUGCUUUCCUUUGCCUCCCUCCUUCCUUCUGUCCCCAGCCUCCCCCCUUUUGCUUUAUUCUUUUGUGGUGAUGAUGGGGUGAGGCAGGGAUUUCUUUUUCUUUUUCGUUUUGACAUUCCUUGAAUCUUUGUUUCCCUCCAUAGAACAGAACUGGGACUUUCCAGCUCCUUGCUGAGGAAUUUCUGUGUCAGAGUCCAACCCAGACUGGGUUGGCCCUGUGUCCUGUGCCCCACACCACCCAGGCAGCGGUCUGGGGCAGUGCCCUGCGUGUUGUGUAACAUUGUUCCUGAGUUGCAUUCUUACCAAAUCAGUGUGUUUUCUUGAAAACGUGGGUGUUUAUUUGGAACUAUUAGUCCCCCUUGUGUGGCUGGAGGUUUCAUUGUGAGAGUCUGGGCUUUUAUUUCUGGAAUACUUGUCCCUUUCCCAUCUGCUGUGUCCUGAGGACACACAGAGAGCAGCAUGUCAUGGAGCAGUUUGGGAAGCUCUCAGAUCAGUCAAUUCACCAUACCUCAUUGAGGACAGUUUUGGGUCCAGAUGUCACUGUGGGCUGUGACUGUCCUCCAGCUCACACCAAAGUGUGAGUAUCAGAGUUCUGUCAACAGCUCUUUUUCUGUCAUCACUGUGUAAGACCCACUAGCAAUGGCACUUUGAUAAAACUGAAUUUGAAUGGUGACCAGUCAUUCUCAGGCCGCUCUCCCUAUCCCUUGCAGAGAAUCAUGUUGCAGUUACCCAAGAACUGAGACCCUGUUCCUGCUAUGGGUCCAUCUCUUUGAGUUCCUCCCCAACACGGCCACAACAUGUGCACUGGACGUCCUAUCUGCCCACUGUUCUCUGCCAGGACAAAUGGCAAAGUUGAUUUUUAAAAUCUCUUAGGCAGACUUCUGCUCUAAGCUGGGGGCCUUGUAGAACAAUAUCUAAUUACUUAGUCUUCUUUGUGUAGGGCUGCUGGUUUGUUGUCACCGUUUUGACAACUGUGUAAUUCAAACAUUCUUCCAACCUAAGAAAAGAAAAGGUCAUUGGUGUUCUGUCCCCAAAUGCUGGAGUUCCAAGUUGUGUGAAUUUCUUCUCUAGAGGAGAGGACAGGAAACCUCUCCUCCAGGGUGGUAAUUCUCUUACAUUCCUGGAGUUUUAGAUGCCUUCCUGGGGUAGGCCUGGAGCCCUCCUCCUCAGGGAUAAAUUCAUUAUACAGCAUGGAACAAUACACAGUGUGAAACACUGUGGGAAUUUAUCCUCCCAGGUAUUUGCCAACAUGUUGCCUGAGAAUUGGGCCACUACCUUGUCAGGAGUCAUCUUCAUCUGGUAGCAUUCCACUCCCAGUAAAUCUGAGCUCCCCUGAACAUCCGUGUGGGGAGGUUUGUGGUGCAUCACUUGUUUCCCUGGAAGUAUGUGAGGCUAUGGGAGAAUGCUUGGGCAUCCUCCAGCAGUGUGCUCUACUUUCUGUUCCUGCCCCUAUAUUCAAAGUCACAUUGAAGUUGGAAACGAGAAAGUCUUCCGUGGAGGACCCUGAGCCGCCUUCUUUGGGAUCUUUCCCAUUGUUUCUCAGUUUUUUUUUUUUGGUUUUUUUUUUUUUUUU